CAGUGGUAGUUCUUGCUAUAGAGAUUAUAUAAACACAAUUUUUACAAGUUACCUAAGUCUAUUUUAUGACCUUCCUUAAUAGAAAGUCAUAAGACACGACUACUUAGGUAUAGAUGAAGUAUAAGAUCUUAAACCAGCGUUACAUUGGCUUAAUUCCUACUGUGUUAUCUACAUUGUGGUUUACCCGUACAAUACAAGGAACUCAGGCUAUACACUGUGAUAAACAAGAUCACUGUACAACUUCUUCAACCAGCACAAUUAGCAAGAUGACCAACAAAGAGCUAUCCAAAGAGAAUGCACUAUGGGGGAUGUUGAUCUCAGAUGCAACGAGUAUGCCCGUACAUUGGUACUAUAACCCAUCUAGCAUCAAGAGCGGCUACGGAGGUUGGCUCACAGGGUACAGAGCAGCCAAUAAAAAACAUCCACAGAGCAUCUUAACUCUUUCUGCAGUAGAUGGCAGUGGUAGGACUGGUUGGCACUCCAAGUCAAAACGUAUCGUUGGUGACGUCAUCCUUCAUGAUAAGUUGAAAUACUGGACAAGUGGAGACAGAUCUACGCAUUAUCACCAAGGUAUGCAGGCUGGAGAAAACACAUUGAACUCUGUGGUUGCACUCCGUGUUUUCUCACUACUUCAAAAACAGGAUCCAGACAGAAACAUGGACACAAGGGAACUAAGGAAGGCAGUACUUGAGGACUAUGUUAAAUUCAUGACCACUCCAGGUAGUCACAAUGACACAUAUGCUGAGUCGUUUCACAGGUUGUUCUUCAAAGAUUGGAUAAUGGAAGACGAUCCUCCUAAAUCUGGGGAGAAUUUAAUCACAUGGGCUGAAGCAAGAUAUCAAAGAAAAUGCCUGGAAGGAGAAGAUUCACAAAUAUCUUCCAUAGGUGGUCUAGUCAUUGCAAUUCCAUGGGUGCUACAUUAUUCCAACGAAGAUGUAGAAACAUGUGUAGAAGCCACACUGGAGUUUUUGAAGUUGACACAUCCAAAUCCUAGUAUGCAAGGUUAUGUGGAGUUAUAUGCAAGAUUGUUACACGGUGCAAUAAACGGCAAUGAUUUGAAGACAGCAGCCUUGCAGACAGCCUCUGACAAAAUGUUAGGUGGAGCUAGAAAACGCGACCUUAUAUUGAAAUUAACAGAGGCAGCGAAGGGUUACAUGAAAGAUUCAGAAUCGCGGUUACAAGUCUACCAAUCUGCGACGUCAACUCUUGGAUCAGCCUGCUAUAUAGAGGGCGCCAUGUCCUCCAUGUUGUUUCUAGCACAAGCAUGUCACGAUGACUUUGAAGAUGGGAUUCUUAUGAAUGCGAACUGUGGAGGUGAAAAUUGCCACAGGGGGGCAGCACUAGGUGCUUUGCUAGGUGCUGCAUCAACACAUCAAAAUAAAGUGAUACCUGCGAGAUGGAAAGAUGGACUCGUUGCAGGUGCAACAGUUGAGAAACUUUUUUCAGGAAAGAGUGCUUUAUAACUGUGAUAACUUGGAGACAGAGAGAGUG